AUGGUUCCCCACUGCGGUCUUCCAUUGGGAUCAUGCUCACGUUUGGUGAUGCGCUACGUUAGUGCAAGCCGAUCAAGCUAUGAGAACACCGAAAAUAUCCAAUUACCACCAAUUAGAAGUUUCGAUAGCUACGCUUCACACCAAGAAAGAGGCCAGCACCGUUACAACGAAAGAGUUGCUUCUCCAAGACUAUAUCCUAGACCCGAAAACCCAUACCAAUUAAGAGAUGCCUAUAAUCGACGACCGCUGGCACAGAGCUUCGAUACGAAUGGGUCUUUGGGAUAUCACCAAGAUUAUACCAUGCAAGGCCAUGUCCCUUCAUACGUUUCCGAGCCUACUCGUUAUCCAGCUCAUGAUAUGCAUCCCUACAGUUCGCAAACUUAUGAUGAUCAAGCCUAUGGCUCGCGAAAUGACGAUACCCGCCCGCUGCAUACAAAUUCCUAUGGUUCAAACCCAUAUCCUAUUCAGUCUCAAGGAAGUUUAUCCUACCAGCCUGUUAUGAACCCUUCAAGACCAAGGGGCAACACUGUUUAA